ACUCGUUUUUCAAAUCCAAUGUGUUCUACCAACUUGUCCCCGUGAAAAUCCAACUUCCCCCCUCAAGACUACGCUCUUUGUUAAACUUUACGGUGUCUUCCAACAGGCUUUCGAUCGUCUUCUCUCAUACCAUCCAUACCACAGGAAUCUCGAUACCAGCUGUCUCCCUUGUUAAAAUACCCACCAAAAAGCCCCAAGAAAAUCACAGCUUGUUUUAAUCCUUCCCUUCUCAUAUAAGCACACAUCUCCGCUCAUCAUGUAUUCCCACACCGAAACUCAGAAAUUUCUUGUCCUCGUACCGCAUGAGCAAACGCCCACUGCCCGACCCCAAGGAAUGAAUUCCACAACACCGACCCCGCUCUCCUCUCCUCAGAUCCCAUCAGAUGAAAAUGGAAUCUUGGCCUCGCACCUGCCGCAAAAAUCCGUCCGCUCCAACAGUGCCAGCUCUACUGCGUCGACCGACAUUAAAAGCGGAUUUCUCAGGCUAGGGGUUUAAAUGCCUGCCCUUGGCUUCGCCUCCCUCCCUGUCAUUCAGCUGAGCUAUUCUCUCCUAGACUGUGUUUGCACCCAUACGUCUUAAGUACAGACUGAAAUGGAUAUUUGACAUGCGGAUCGUGCCGUUUAAGAUGGAUGAUGAUUCACAACGGCCGGUCAACUUCCUUUCGUUUUUCCUUCCCCUCAUCAUUUCCUUCCUUUCGUUUUCUUUUCCUCGUUGUCUCUUCUCAUUCCUGAGAUGGAGGGGUGAAGCCUGCCGAAAUUUUUCGUUGACAGUAGAACCUGCCCUGAAAUUUGAUAUUUCCGGACAGCUCAGCAAAAAUUAGAACUAGACAAAUCACGACGAGGUCAAGAUAACAAUAACAAGACAAGGGCCACUACCGUCUCAUG